AUGCUCCGGAAGGUUCUACUACAACCCAUGACCAGUGUUCCAUGCGUCUUCGAAUUCACUUCUCUUUUUGACUUUGUUUUUGGGUUGAUUGUCACACCAACACUCAAAGCCGGACAUUGGGACUAUCUCAUCCAUUGCCACAAACCCAAAGACGAGCACCUUCCAUAUCCCCAACAACAACUCUUCAACCCUUAUGAGAACAUCUUCACGCCUAUUGGCCUAGUCAAUGAGGACAUUGACCCUAGAGAGGGGGUAAUGUCAUAG